AUGGGAAACAAAAAUCUUUCGCUUUAUAUAAAACUUGACGAUUCAGCUUAUAGCCCAGGCGAUUAUAUACAAGGCGAUAUUUGUUUAAAAAUACCAUCAGCCAUGAGGGUCGAAAGCUUGAUUUUGCAGCUUUUUGGGGUCGAGUCUGUUCAUUGAGAAGAUUUCUCUGGGGAAGAAAAAGCUGCUAUUGCAACACACCAAGCCAAAAAUGUGAUAAUAGAAAAAGCCUUAACUGUUUACAUAUGGUCACAGUGUUUAGGGAAAAAAGGCCAAUAUGUGUUCCCUUUUACUAUAAUUCUGCCAAAUUCUAUGCCUGGGAGUUUUAGCUAUGAAGCUUCUAUGAUAAAGGCUUCAAUUAAAUACUAUUUGACUGCGACACUAAUUUCUACCCCUGAGCCAUAUUCGCUUACACAAGAAAUUAAACUAAUACAGCCUCAUAUAGAGCAUAAUAGCGAUCUAAGUGUUGGCUGUGUAUCUACAGCUAUAACUGGCUGCUGCAUGCUUAAUUAUGGAGUUUUAUUCCUCAGGGCAAGAUUUGAUAAAACUUCAUAUGCGACUGAUGAUAUUUUAGGUGUAUACCUCAGGAAGGCUUAUAGCAUUCAAAUGGCUAUAGGUAAGGGACAGUGCAUUUUGGCUUGCCAAUAUAGAGCUAAUGGUUGGCUCAAUUUUGAGUCAUUUGGAGAUUAAGGAAAUGCUAUAAGAUAUCUCAUGGUAUAAUUGUAGAUAUUGACCAUGCAAAAUGCUCAAUAAAUGUAGGGAUUAUUGAAGUCACAUUAUUUAGAUCUAUGCUUUUAAGAAGCAAUGACGGCUCACAAAAGAUUUUGAAGGAAAGAAUAUCACAGAAAAGUGUGAGAGCAAGGACUAGAAAUUCUUUGCUAAUAAACGAAGGACUUAGGAUCCCUUUUGCGCUUGCUAAUUUAGAAAGUGAAAUUAAAGAAAAAUGCACGACUAAAGGACAGUUAAUAAAUUGUUCAUAUUCUGCUCAUGUAAGAACAGUUAUGGAUUCAGGCUGUGCAGGGCCUGAAUCUGAAGUAGAAAUUUGGACUGAAAUAAAGCCAAAGGUGACAAAAACACAACACCCAAAGCCAAAGAAGUGGAAACCGGUUUUUAUGCCGGCUGUACGUUUUGCACCGUCAGCGCCUCCGUUAGAAAACUAA